AUGCCUGCCCUCUGUCUCAACCUGGUUGGCGCCACGCCUGCUCUCCCGCUCGACUCGCUCUCCGCCAUUCCCGCUUUCCUGUUCGACCCACGCAGAUAUCUCGACUGCGGCAUCCCGAUGAUCACAUACUCAGCCCUCGAUGUUUCCGCCCUCGAUGCUAAGCCUGAUGAUGCGGAUGAUUCAUGCACAGCACUCUAG